CUUUUGGGAGGAAUUCUCCUUGGAAUCCUUCUCCUUUUCCUUCUUCUCAUAUUUCUUAUUUCAUUACAAACCUUUCAACAAUUCCCCCAAUCAGAUUUUUCCAGAGUCCACUCAAGAAAUGGCUAAACAAUCAAGUGUGAGUGAACAUACAAUUGAGAUUGGAAGACCUAAGAAGAAGUUGAUUGUGCCAAGCAGUGUCUUGGAGGGCAUGAAGCAUAUGGCAUCUUCAAUGCCAUCCUCACCUUCAGGCCAACCAAAGAGCGCAAAGUAUAACUGCUUGUGCUCACCAACCACACACACCGGUUCUUUCAGAUGCAGAUACCACAGGAGUGCUAGCCUGACUCGAAAUAGCAUGUCCGUUGGCUCGAAACUCUCUGAACUGGCUGCUGAAAAAUGACUCAAAUUCUGAUGCAUAGGAUGGAUGCUGAAAAAUUACUCAAAAGUAAUGUUUCAUAUCUAGGGUAAUUCUUACUGUCCUCCUAUGACAUUUCAUCUGUAAUUAAACAUGUAAUAAGGACUAUAAGUUUUCUGUCUCUGAUUAGUUGUGAAAUCAUGAAGAAUGCUUGGUUGUACGUUAUAUUAUUU